UUGAGGAGACAAUUACAAGUUAUAUCUUCUUGUUCCUUAGGUUUCUCCGUAAUGUGAGUGGCAGGAUUUUGGACUCAGUCCUGCUCAGGACAUGUGUGCAGGAUCCGUACGGAGGGUCUGCAAAUCUGCUUUCCAGGAAUAUAAAAUCUCUUCACAACUGAAAAAGUUGCUAGCGAUGACCUCUGCCGGAGACCUUCUGAAGGUGGCUGUGCUGCUCUGUGUAUGGACCCAGGAUUCGGUGAUAGCCUCCAGCCUUGUUCUGAACAACAGAGCCGUCAGUGUGGGAAGAGGCCAAUCUGUUUAUAUCACCGAGAACGAGUUGAGCUUUACCAUCCCACAAAAUAAAGAUUUAUGUAAAGUUGAAGUGGUUAUAAAUGAGCCGAUGACCCAAAGAGUAGGGACUCUGUCUCCUCAGGGAUUUGACUGUCGCUUCCUACCAGACGAAGUCAAAUACUCGCACAAUGGCUCACCAAUGUUAGAUGUGGACCACGUGAUGCUCAGAGUGUACAGGUUUACUGAGCUGGAGACCAUUGUGGAAAGGUUUAUACUGGAAAUAAGAGUUACAGAUCCGGUGGGUGGUAUUGCGCUCCUUGCGCAGAGCUCUCUAGAAGUCCCAGAGCUUAACGGGAUUUCAUCUAAACACGUGGAUAAGAACAUACUGUCACUGAAGCAGAGUUUGGAGAGGCCGGGGGCGAGCUGUGUGGUCAGGCUUCUGGCGUCUGAAUUCAAUCUACCGGCCUAUGGUCAGGUUGUGAUAGAGGAUUUCACACGGGGAAGGAGACAAGUCUUGGAAGCGCCACCGAGACCCCAAGUGAGGAACUACAGACAAGACAGAAUACCGUGUCCUGGAAACAAGGCAUGUCAUGCCGGAUUGCAGGAAGUCAGGCUGUUGAAAGCCAACUGUGCCGAUUUUAUGGAGAUGGGAAUCAAGUACAGACACCUGAGCCCUCCCUCUCCUGACAUCGAUUACAUCCCUCUCCAGAUAGAGCAUCGCAGCCAGGACAGUAGAAAGCAGCUGCAGGCUCAAAAUAUAUGGAUUCCUGUAAACAUUUCUGGCGCACUCCCAAACACGCCACCGCGUGCGGCUUUUAUGUCAAUGUACAUUUUGGAAAUUGACCAGUUUAUCCUCACCCCCCUGACCACAGCAACCCUCGACGCCGAAGAUGAUGAAACCCCAAAGAGCAAGCUUGUGUUUAAGGUCACAAAGCCUCCGCCAGAGGGGUAUAUCACCCACGUGGAUGACCAAACCAAGGCUAUUACAUCAUUCACGUGGCAAGAUCUUUACGACAUGAAGAUAGCCUACCAGCCACCGAAUAAAAGCCACUCUGACAGGCGUAACUAUGAGGUGGAAUUCCAAGUGAUUGAUAGUUAUUUCCUGAGCAGCUCUCCAAUAAUGGUCCAUUUCUCCAUCCGAACCGCAGAAACAAACGCUCCCAGAGUCUCCUGGAAUGUAGGUCUGACCUUGCUGGAGGGACAGUCCCGUUCUAUAACCUGGGAUGUUUUUCAGAUUGUGGAUAAUGAUAAUAUUAACGCAGUUCAUCUGGUUACUGUGGAUGGGUUACACCAUGGACGUCUCACAGCCAGAGGAGCGAAGGCAUUCAUAUUCAGUGUACAGGACAUCCGGGACGGCGUUCUGCGUUACCAUCACGACGACAGUGACACCACUAAGGAUUUUAUUGUCUUCCGGAUUUUUGAUGGAAAGCACAGCAUCCGGCACAAAUUCCACAUAAACAUCCUUCCCAAAGACGACAGCCCUCCAUUUCUAGUGAACAACAUUGGGCUUGAGCUAGUGGAAGGGGCCUCUGUGUUUAUAGAGAGGGACAUGUUAAUGGCGUCAGAUUCGGACUCCAGUGAUGACUAUAUUCUGUACAAUGUCACACGGCCGCCUGGAGCGGGGGAGCUGGUGAAGAGAUAUUCUGCAGAGAGCUCCGGAGCUCCGGUAUCGACGUUCCUGCAGCGAGACCUGUUCCGUGGGCUGAUUUAUUACAACCACUUUGGUGGAGAGAUCUUCCAGGACUCCUUCGAGUUUGUGCUAUCAGACUCCCACGAGCCCCCAAACUAUUCAGAGAGACACACUGUUGUCAUUAACAUUUCACCGGUGAAGGAUCAGCUGCCAAAAGAAGCCGGAGGAAGUACAAGACACCUUACUGCAAAGGAGAAUGAGAUCACGCGGAUCACUAAGCAACAUCUUCAUUUCACCGACACCGAAUCUCCGGACAGUCAGCUCUUGUACACCAUCACCAAACCCUGCUACACUCCAACAUCUCCAGGAUUGCGGGAUGCUGGAAAACUAAUUUUCAUAGAUGCUGGAAGCUUAUUAGAAAAGGACCAAUCGAUUCCCGGCCUGAAAUCUUUCACCCAGCACGCUGUAACACACAUGAAAGUGGCGUACCUGCCUCCGGCACAGGAUAUCGGGCUAGAUCCCAUGUAUGUCCAGUUUCAGUUCUCUGUAAGAGAUGAGCACGGGGGGCAGCUGACAGGGCUCGUAUUCAACAUAACCGUCAUGCCAGUGGAUGACCAAGCUCCAAAGAUUUUGACCCACCCAGUAAGGACGGAGGAAGGAGCGAGCUGCCUCAUUACUGGGGAAAGUCUGGUCAUCUCUGACGUGGACACCAAAAGUGAGAAUCUGGGACUUUUCCUGAAAUCCCGGCCCCUGCAUGGAAACGUGGAACUUGGCGGCGUUGUUAUGUCUGAGGGAGAAACGUUUGGCCUGGAAGAGCUACACACAUUCAAAGUCAGGUAUCAGCACGAUGACUCAGAAUCAGUGGAAGACGCGAUAAUCUUUGCAGUAACAGACGGAAUUAGCACCGUGGAAGGAGAGCUGAGUGUUCAGGCCCCUCCAACAAGCACGGACCUGGGAGGCGAGAUUGGAGCCCAUGCCUGCACGGAUACGGUUACACUGAUAGUCUCAGAUGAGGAAUCAAGCACGGCUGACACCUGUUGUGUUGAAGGACCUCUUCCCCCUCCAAUUCCACUUCAUACCAGCCUCCCUGUCUAUGAUCUGAAUAUUACCCUUAGACCCAUCAAUAAUCAGCUGCCUAUAAUAAUCAUUGGUGAAAUAUUCGUAGUUGAUGAGGGCUCGUCCUCCGUUAUCUCCAUAAACCACAUGAACGCCUCUGAUGCUGACACUUUGGCUGAUGAUUUAACCUUCGUCAUGGAGACACAGCCGCAGUACGGAUACCUUGAGAACACGAUACCUAUGGCUGGAUCGGAGAAGACCUCCUCUGAGAUUAGAAUCAGUUCCUUCAGUCUAUGGAGCGUCAGCACCAGGUACAUCCGCUACGUCCAGUCACAUCACGAGCGUAUUGAGCCCACGGCGGAUUUCUUCAUGGUCUUGGUGACGGAUUCCAUCCAUAAAUCUAUGACUGUACCCUUCUACAUUGUUAUCAAACCCACAAACGAUGAACCGCCUCAGCUCCAUGUCGCAAACAUAACGGUAAUUGAGGGGGGUAGCUGUGCCAUAGGCCCGUCCACUUUAAACGCCGAAGACCCAGAUAUCCCACCAGACGUAUUACUCUUCUCAGUUAUAAUCCCCCCUGCGCACGGCCGGUUAUUAGAUGGCGUGCAACAAAUCGGUCAUGACAAACAUCUGAUCCCCACCGACGUACAGGCACACCUGCAGAUUUACAGCUUCACCUUGGAUGAACUGAAGAAAGGAAUGGGCUUUGUGUAUACGCAUGAUGACACAGACACUCUACAAGAUGGCUUUGUCGUGCAGCUGACAGAUGGCAAACACACAGUCCAAGAGGCACUACAUGUUCAUGUAAUGGCCGUCAAUGAUGAGAAACCAAAGCUUACCAGAAACAGCGGAUUGGAGGUGGAUGUGGCUGAAAAUAAAAUCAUAUCCAGUGUGGUUCUGGAAGCUGAAGAUCGAGAUUCGCCAAGAAAAGUUAUUCAUUACAUCAUUAAUAAUUCCCCUGUCUUUGGAGAACUCAAAAGAAAGGUGGACUCUGUCUGGGUGACGCUCCAUGCCGGCAUGAAUUUUACCCAGGAGGAUCUCGACUUGAACCAUAUCUGGUAUUUUCACACCAUCAUCCUCGGCUGCAAAGGACACGACAGUUUCCGAUUUUUCCUAACAGAUGGGGAUAACCACUCCGAUCCCGAAACUUUCUAUAUCUCCAUACUAAACCUAGAGAAAGGUGACAUUGUUCUACUCACCAGACCUGUAACUUUAACAGAGGGUGACAGGGUGACCUUGAUGACAGAUGUUCUGAUGGCAACAGAUGGCACGGGCAAACCAGAGAAGCUGCUGUAUGCCGUCUCCGUGCCACCUGUGCAUGGUCAGAUUGAGUACAUCAAUUAUCCUGGCGCAGCCAUUCCCAGCUUCAGCCAGUUGGAUGUGGCGGCCCAGAAGGUUUGCUAUGUACAUGACAACAGCCGUGGGGCGAGCAAGGACUUGUUCAGUUUCACUGUGAGCAACGGCCUGGACGCAAGAGAUGGGUCAUUAGAGUUCUUGGUUGAGCGCCGAGACCGGAUUCCGCCAACGCUCCUGAAUAAUAAGGGCCUUCAGAUACUGGAAGGUGGAAUGAUGGUGAUUUCUCCUGAUGUUCUACAGCUAACUGACCCAGACAGCCCGGUGGAAAAAUUAAGCUACACAAUCACUGAGUUUCCCCAACACGGGCAGCUGUACCUGAGUGGCAGGCUCCUGCAGCGGAGCGACUUCUCCCAGGCUGACGUCAUCAGCAGACACCUGUCCUACCGACACUACGGGGGGCCGGCAGAUUCCGACCGGUUCUCAUUCGUUGCCACAGAUGACAUCAACGUCGGCUUCUUGGUUGAUGGUCAGUUGAAGAAAGAUUCUGCAGUCUUUAUAAUACAGGUGGAACAUGUGGAUAAAAUGCCUCCAAAGAUCCUUCACAAGGAGAUCCCUUCCACUGUAGAGACCUUGAAAGAUGGGAAAUCUGCCAUCCAGCUCACGGCCAGAAACCUGAAGGCCUCAGACCCCGACAGCGCAGAUGAAAAUAUUCUUUACAUUAUUCUGCGAUCUCCCAAUUUUGGACACUUGGAAAAUGCAAAAACAGGUGAUCACGUUGGGAGAACAUUUACACAGAAAGACGUAAAUCAGAGAGCCAUUCGGUACAUCAUAAAUCCCUUAUUUGAAGUGAAUUCAGACAGCUUUGAAUUUCAACUCUCUGAUCCAGCAGGAAAUAAAAUCCCACCCGAAACGCUUGAGCUGAGGUGGUCGAUGCUAGGACUGGCUGAGCCCUAUUACCGUGUCUGUGAAAAUUCCGGGACUCUUGCAGUGAAGUUGACUAGAACGGGGAGCAGUAGAGAUCCGGCUUUUGUUGGCAUAAAGGUACAGGAGAUCUCUGCCAGGCUAGGAAUGGAUUUCACGCAUAGCAGCGCAAGUCUUGUCCAGUUUGAUCCAGGUGUUUCCACAAAACUCUGGAAUAUUUACUUGAAGAAUGACGGUUUGGAAGAAAAUAACGAAUUCCUUAAAAUAUUACUGAAGACGCCGAAGAAUGCGGUACUGGGAAGGAACAGCGAGGCCACGGUGGAAAUCAUGGAUCCCAGAAGAGGUCAAUGCAGAGCCCAAAAUGUGAACACAAGAGAGGUGUCCUUACACGCAGGACACGUCGGCAGCCCCGCAAAGGAGGACGUCAGCAAUGACAGGGAGAAAUCUUCCUACGACUCCAGAAUUUCAUCUCCAAAGAUCACCCAGAUCCUCCUGCCCAACACGCGUGCAUCCGAGCAUUCCAGAAGCCAUCUUUAUCAUUCCGGCCCGGACUCCGGCAGCGAGCUACCCUCACGUCGCCCAGGGCAACAGCUACAUCUCUCUGGAAGCAGCGUUCUCGUACGUUCAUUUAACUUUCUUAAAAGAAAAAAAAGGAAGAAAAAAAAAGCAUUAAUAACUCUAGGAAUAAAUGAGAAGUAUCACGGGAUCAUCCCAAUGAGCGGACCUCAACCGACCAAUAGGAGAGGAGAUGUCUGGCUGGUUGGCGCUGGGCCAAGUCUUUCUCAAGAUGCUGAGGAGCGCCCCCUGCAGGACUCUGCUCCGCUGGACUCUGUGCACAAGUCAAGUAAUGAGACACAGCAGGAUAGAAAGCUCAGGGAAUGUCCGGCAGGGUGGACCCUUCAUCAGAAACACUGUUAUUAUCACAACACUCUACAAAAGUCCACCUGGGAGGGGGCGGAGCACGACUGCGCACAGAGGUCUAACAGCCAUCUAACCAGCGUGCAUUCGGAGGCGGAUAUGAGCUGGCUCUGGAAGUUUUCUGGGAAGAAGCCAUUUUGGAUUGGGCUGAAGUCCGUGGGCGAGCGCUCUAACUGGCUGUGGACGGACGGGAAACUGUGGACUUUUAAUAAAAUAAAGCAGAGCGAAUCGUCUGUGACUGCAAUGAACGACGGCUGUAUCCUAGUAUGGAGAAGGAAAGAAUGGGUGAUAAGAAGCUGCAGCCACAGACACAGAUACAUUUGCCGUGUUCCGUUACAGGUCUCCCUGCGUCUCCGGGAAAUAUAUGGCGGCGGCGCUUAACCUUUCAGGGUAAUAAAGCAAGGGUUUAUGGGAGUUAUUGUCCCUCUCCUGGGUGCAGUUUGAGCCAGGUGCACUCUAUGUGCAUUUAAUGCAACCAUUCCUUAGUGUUUCAUGGCGUCAGAGAGGGAUUUUAUGUCAUUUUUACGAUAACACACAAAUCUGCAUGAUAUGAUGAAACGCCCGCAGCAAUAAAUCGCCCAGUGUUCUGUAAAGUUUCCUGACAAUAGUAAACUACGAGCUGGUAACAACAACCUGGGGUGUUAGCUUUCUAUAGUCUGAAGGCAUUCUUACUUUGGAUCUAAGCAUUCUCGGUGAACCACGGGACCUGACACUAGGGGUAAAUUUACUAAGGGUUGAUUUUGAUUUCCAGGCGAUUUUAAGUCGAUUUUCAGGCGAUUUUGAAAAUCUGGUAUUUACUAAAGGAAAAACUUACUGAAAAUCGACUUAGAAAACAACUUUAAACCACAGCAGACCAUCAAAUAGAUGCUUAUAUCGACUCAAAAUUGACUUCAUUAUGCAAGUGCUUCCCCAUUGGUCUAAACAUAUCACAUGCCCAUUUAGACCAUACUUGCCUACUCCCAAAAAUCGGGUGGCCCUCAAGCCCCCCGGAAGAACAAGCAAGUCUCCUGACUUGACAGGAAACCCCCUGCCCGGCCGCCCAGUGAAAAGAGUGGAGAAGGGAGCCAGUGGAGAAGUUGCCCAUAACAACCAAUCAGCUGCUCUGUAUGUGUUUAUAGUAUGCAAAUUAUAAUUGUUACGUCAAUGCUGAUUGGUUGCCAUGGGCAACUUCUCCACUGGCUCACUUCUUCACUUUUAUCACUGGGCGGCCG